UGGCGUCAUACGCGGAAGUGGCAGCAGCUCACUCUUCAGACGAGAAGCAAAGAGGAGACGCAUUUUGUUCCUUUCCUCCUCCUCCGAGCAAGCGGUGUUGUGUUCACCGGGGAGUCUGAGUCGGCGCCACGACAAAAGACAGGAAGUACAAGAAUUCCCUGAAGUACUGCAGUCAUGGACCAGCACCAGAACCACAGCACCAUGCAGAUGGACCACGCCCACCACCACGAUCACGCCAUGCCCAUGCCCACCAGCAGCAGCGGGCAUGACCACGGGAACCACGGAGGACAUGGUGGAGGCAUGGUGAUGACCUUUUACUUUGGCUGCCAGAACGUGGAACUGCUCUUCAGCGGACUGCUCAUCAACUCGCCUGGAGAGAUGGUGGGGGCGUGUCUGGCCGUCUUCUUGCUGGCCGUCCUCUAUGAGGGUCUGAAGAUCGGUCGAGAGGCGCUGCUGCGUCGCAGUCAGGUCAACGUGCGCUACAACUCCAUGCCCCUGCCCGGCACCGAUGGCACCGUUCUCAUGGAGACGCACAAGACCGUCGGGCAGCGAAUGCUAAGCCCCGCCCACUUCCUGCAGACACUGCUGCACGUCAUCCAGGUGGUUGUGAGCUAUCUCCUGAUGCUGGUCUUCAUGACAUAUAACGCUUAUCUCUGCAUCGCUGUGGCAGUGGGUGCCGGGGCCGGCUACUUCCUGUUCAGCUGGCGAAAGGCGGUGGUUGUGGACAUCACAGAACACUGUCACUAGCGCACGUGCUCGUUACUGUGCUGGUGUGACUAUAUUUAGGUCGUGGCUACGCCAACCAGUGCUUUACUGUAAGAUGGCACAUUAGCACACCAGCUAAUGGACUACAAAGAAAGCGUGGGUUGGUAACCAUGGUAACACAGUGCUAGCUUAAUUUGCACACUGUAGUUAGCUACUAAUAAAAUUGAUCGAGAAACUGUCGCUCAAGCACUGGGUGAUGUUAGUUAAUGGAGUCCGGUGCAGACAUCAGCUGAUGCUAACUAGCUGCUAAUAUUAGCACAGCUGUGAGUAGCAUACUGUAUGUUCCCUUAGCACAAUCGCACUGUCAUUGGACUUUUUUAUUCAUUUUAGCAGUUAAGACAUGACACCGCUGCCUUAACUUUUGUCUUGAUAACGUUGUUGAUUGUUUUUCACUCAGAACCAAUCACUGCUGACAGUUGAGUGAAGGGACCAAUCAGAGAGCAGGAAGUUUGUUUGUUUGUUGGAAUCAGUAAACGAAAUAAAGUUUGUGUACAAAGUGCGUUAUACGUGUAUUGUACACUUUAAAAGUGACAAA